AUGACCGAGUAUGACAAAUUUGCUGAACAACUCCGUCAUCCCGAUAACCCAAUCGUGUUUCUUGAAGUAACAGCAGGUGGGGCUCCAAUCGGAACAAUUGUUAUUGAACUGUUUGCUGAUGUGACUCCUAGAACAGCUGAGAACUUCCGACAAUUUUGCACCGGCGAGUAUAAAAAGGAUGGCGUACCGAAUGGCUACAAGAAUUGUACAUUCCAUCGUGUCAUCAAGGAUUUUAUGAUUCAAGGAGGCGAUUUCUGCAAUGGCGAUGGUACAGGUUUGAUGAGUAUCUACGGCUCGAAAUUUCGUGACGAAAAUUUCGAACUGAAGCAUACGGGACCUGGAAUGCUGUCGAUGGCCAACGCUGGAUCGGACACCAAUGGAUGUCAGUUCUUCAUCACAUGUGCAAAAACCGAUUUCUUGGAUAACAAGCACGUUGUAUUCGGACGAGUACUCGAUGGCAUGCUGACAGUGCGAAAGAUCGAGAAUGUCCCAACUGGAGCUAAUAACAAGCCGAAGCUGCCGAUUGUGAUUGUUCAAUGUGGUCAACUCUAA